AUGCGUGGGGGAUCCCAGCAGGUGGUGGUGAGGAUGCACCAUGUGAGUAGGGUUCGAGGCCUGGAGACUCAACUGGUGUGGGCCAUCUCCAAGGAGACAGCCAGGCUUAGUCCAGAGGGCAUCCCCUACUGUGCCACCAAGGUGCAGUCUGUCACUUGGAUCCAGUAUGUGGCUGGCAGGGUGACCCAGUAUGCGUCUCACCUCCGCCACGAGACGUCUGUGGACGUGACGUUUGGCUGCUACCAGUUCACUGAGCCAGAGCCUGAGGGCCACAACCUCUAUGAGGGCUGGGAGGAGGACCUGCUGCCUGAGGAGAGGGAGGUUCCUCUGCUAAACCUCUACCUUACCACCAAGAGAGUGGAGGACAUCGCCCUGAGGCUCGUCUCCCUGCGCCAGGCCUUCACUACACUGCUUGGUUCCACCCUGAGCAGGAACCAUCUGUUUGUGGCAGGAAAGGUCCUAAUGGGCGCACUGGUUCAGGCCCACCACAUGGACGAGUCCGAAUUCAUCCGUGCCUAUAAUGACUUUGUGGACUACCUGAGUGACCCCUCCAAGAAGAUUGACAUUGAGAGGGAGCUGGCUGAGGCAAAGAUCCAUCAUGUUAACCUGAUAGAUGUCCUCUUUGAACUGGUGCUGUUUGGGUUGAUGACAGCUCAGAAGUCCCUGAUGGUGCACCCUGGUGGGUUCAUGGAGCGUCUGUACGCUCUCCUGUACUCCUUCCUGCCCGCUGCUGCCAGCAUUGAGCCAAAGGCUGAGAGAUACCUGCUGCUGCUCAAUGAUUCUUGUGCCACUUUGCCACCUAACAGGGAUCUAGACACUAACGCACUACAUUACUUUGCACUGAAUUUUACAUUUUUAAAUAAAAUUACUGAUAUGGAAAUUAACAACAACAUUUAA